AUGCGCCUCAUCAACGUUGAAACCCUUGAGCUGGGAUCUUUCAUAGGCGAGAAGGGUCGGCCAACACCGCCCUAUGCCAUCCUCUCUCACGUAUGGACGACUGAAGAAGUUUCUUUCCAGCAAAUGACCGGCAUGCAACCGCUACCAGAGGAGUCCUUAGGUUACAAAAAGAUCGUGGAUUUCUGCGCUAGGGCCAAAAACGAGGGAUUUGAGUACGCCUGGAUAGAUACUUGCUGUAUUGACAAGACGUCCAGUGCAGAGCUAUCCGAAGCUAUCAACUCCAUGUUUCAGUGGUACAGAAGGUCAGAGGCUUGUUAUGUGUAUCUCAACGAUGUGACCUCCGAGGAAAAUCCAGUCUCUCAAGGCUCAAGUUUUCGCCGCAGUCGAUGGUUCACACGUGGAUGGACUCUUCAGGAACUACUUGCACCGCAUGAAGUCAUAUUUCUGGCUGAUGACUGGUGUGAGAUUGGUACAAAAACAAGUCUGAGCACCGCCAUCUCUCGCAUUACGAAUAUCGAUGUGGUCACCCUCACGAAACAUACCUGGUCACACGUCAGUAUUGCCAUGAUCAUGUCGUGGGCAUCAAUGAGACAAACAACCAGAUUGGAGGAUCAAGCAUAUUCCCUCUUGGGGCUUUUCGAUGUCAAUAUGCCUCUUAUCUAUGGAGAGGGCCAGAAAGCAUUCUACCGAUUGCAAGUGGAGAUUAUGAAGUUUACGAAUGACGAUUCGUUGUUCGCCUGGUCGACCGAACCGUUGGAUGAUCAUGGCUAUUCGACCAGCGAAGGAACAUCCAGUCGCGGCUUCAGAUUUCUCGGUCUAUUGGCACCGUCGGUUGCUUGCUUCAGGGACUCGCACGAUAUUGUGGCACCAAAGGAUGUCUCUAUAAGCCACGCGCCAUACGACAUGGUGAAGCAGAACAUUAGUCUCUCCGCAGUCCUAGUGCGACUAUGUUCGCUACCCACGGACCAUACACAGUUAAGAGUGAGCCUAGAUCAGGUAGACGUUGUUGGCACACUGAGGUUCUCCAAGAACGUUGAACCUGUGAAAGCCGUGGAUCAUGGCCUUGUCAUAACGCCUGCAAGACACGAUGCCAAAGGGAUGAAAGUCAUGUGUUUACUUGCGAUUCUACGAUGCUGGAACAAGGAUGGGUAUAUCGCUAUACCUAUCAAAAGCUUGGCCACUGGUGCUUUCCAAAGGGUCGAGAAUGGACGUCGAUGUCGUUGGUUCAGAGUACGAUUAAUGCCCUUGCGUUUAUGUCUCAAAGAUGAGGACGAAAUGGCAGAGGGCGAAUCCAACUAUAGACUGAGGCAGUUUGAUUCCGACAACCGAGUAAAAGGCCCGCCUGCAGAUCCUCCCGAAACUAUCCUUAUCCGAGCAUAUGUCCCAAUGGAGGUGGUAUCUACAGACACACCCCCACGGCCUAUCAAGGGCAGUAGUCCAUCGAUAUGGUUUCGAUCACUGCCGAUCGACAAAUACAAUUACUACAUACACAGCGACUAUCCAGCAGGCUGUGUACUGCCGCUUUCUGAGACUCGUCCCCAUGCUGAGGCCGUUAGAAGAAUCAACAAAACAAUCAGCGAUGCGUCAAUGCUGUUCAUUGUCUUCCGACAAAAUCUACCCGACACGGAUCUGCCACCGUUUCUAAUACGUGUAGAUAGGAUGAAAGUAAAGUCACACAAUGAAGAAACCAGAGUUGGUUGUUCGAUAGGGCUGUCAGCUGAGAGUUGGACUGAAACAAUCGCGAUUCCCGAUACCGACUUUAUUUACGUCAAUACGAAGUCGUUGACCACCUUUCCGCUUGCAGGUGAUCUAUGCUUAGUGUUUCGUGCAAGGCAAGGUACCCUACAGCAUUCUGAGUAUUAUCUGAACGUGAGUAUCGAAAAGUGCUUACCAUGGGCACUAAAUAUGGAAGAUGAUGGCGGCACAAGAGGACAGGAGACCUCAGAAAAUUCGGUCACUUAUCUUACUCGUCAAUUCACUGACGUUUCGUUGUGA